AUGAAGAAAGACAGAGUCAAAGUUCAGUUCCCUGGUGCGAUUGACAGCCACUUCUCGCAGGUGCUUGAAAUCCGUGAAAAGAUGGAUCCCAUCGACACUUUCCGCGUCAUGGACACAGAUGGCAAGGUCCUCGAUCCCUCCCUGGAGCCUGAUGUCACGGAGGAGUUCGCUGUCAAGAUCUACAAGGAUAUGCUGACGAUGAAUGCCUUGGAUCUGAUCCUGUACGAGGCACAGCGUCAAGGACGUAUCAGUUUCUACAUGACCAACGCUGGAGAGGAGGCCGCCGUCGGGAGUGCGGCCGCUCUCGAUCCAGAAGAUGAGAUCUUUGGCCAGUACCGUGAGGCCGUGACCCUGUUGUACCGUGGCUUCACCUUGGAUCAGUUCAUGAAUCAGUGCUACUCGAACGUGUUGGAUCUGGGCAAGGGUCGUCAGAUGCCUAUGCACUUUGGUUCAAAGGCUCUUCACUUCCAGACCAUCUCCUCCCCUCUGGCCACACAGUUGCCCCAGGCCUCCGGCGCCGCCUAUGCGAUUAAGCGCUCUGGCCGGAAGAACUGUGUCAUGUGCUACUUUGGAGAGGGAGCCGCCUCUGAGGGAGAUUUCCAUGCGGCCUUGAACAUUGCUGCCACCACCUCUUGCCCCGUUAUCUUCUUCUGCCGAAACAACGGUUUCGCUAUCUCCACACCUGCGAAGGAGCAGUACAAGGGCGACGGUAUUGCGAGCCGUGGUGUCGGUUACGGCAUGCACACGAUUCGUGUCGAUGGCAACGACGUCUGGGCGGUCUACAAGGCCUCGCAGGAGGCCCGCAAGAUCGCGGUCGAACAACACAAGCCCGUCUUAAUCGAGGCCAUGACCUACCGUGUCGGCCAUCACUCGACCUCGGACGAUUCGUCUGCCUAUCGGUCCAAGAAGGAGGUCGAGGACUGGAAGAGGAACGAUAACCCUAUCGUCAGGAUGCGCAAGUGGCUCGAGAAUAAGGGCUGGUGGGAUGAGACUAAAGAGACUGCCUUCAAGUCUCAGCAGCGCUCUGCUGUCCUCAAGAGCUUUGCCGCCGCAGAGAAGAGAAAGAAGCCUGCUGUGUCUGAGAUGUUCAAUGAUGUCUAUGACAAGAUGACGCCAACCUUGAUUGAGCAGAAGAAGGAGUUGGAGGGGCUGAUCAAGAAGUACCCAGAGCAUUACGACACCUCAGACUAUGCAAAGGAGCACUAA